AUGACGAGAACCGACCCACCAAAUAAUAUGGCCUGGGGAAUUAAGAGCUCCAUCAACGACGAUGCCGGCAGAAUUGACUCGGUCGCUGGCCAAGACAUGAGGCCCAAAGGGCGCAUCCGACGGUCAAUGACUGCCUGUAAUACAUGUCGCAAGCUCAAGACGCGCUGCGACGUCGACCCGCGUGGCCAUGCUUGCCGUCGCUGUCUAUCGCUGAGGCUUGAAUGCGAGCUGCCGGAGACAAAUGAUCGGUUCCAGGAUAAUGUGUCGACCUGGUCAGAUGCCAGUGCUAUUCCUUCAAUAGAAGAGCGACUGGUCUCCCUAGAACGGGGCAUGGGGGAGAUGAUUCAUCUCAUGCGGCAGAUGGUGAAUCACUCCCCCACGAUGUCGAGCAGCUUCACUUCGCAGGCGAGAAGCAACAGCAUCGACGGCGCAGUCUCAAAUGAUAGUCUAUCAUCUUCGUUGUAUUCCAUCAAGCCGGCGCAGCUGAUCCGCGAUUUGCAAGCGGAGUGCUUUGGAGAGAGAGACCAUUUCUCCGCUGAUGCCGAUACCCUCGAUGUCGUUACCCAGGGGAUCAUUGAUUCCAAACUCUCAGUGAAAAUGAUCGAGUUGUGGGUUUCAUCGCAUUUAAUGAAGAAGGUCACUGCUAACAAUACUGACAGUUUCGUUGAGUACUUCGGCCACUGGGUUUCAGUCGAUCACCCUUCCAGCAUCCAACGAAAUACCCUCCUAUUCAACAUGGCGUGUCUUUUGGCUUCACGUUACCUUCCUGGUCUCCCGCAGCAAACUGUUCGCGAUAUCUCAGUUCAUGUACAACAUGCCGUGGCGAAGAUGCUAUGGAAGCCCCCACCCUUGACACACGAUAUGCUGCAAGCGUUGACGUUACUUUGUCUUUAUUCAACAUCAGUCCAAAAAGAAGGGCUCAUGGACGACUGGUUACUGAGCGGGAUCUCAAUCAACCAUGCCCUCAUCUCCUUCAACUUCCUCAACUCUCCGACAGGAGAUCCCAGCCCCGAUGGGAUACUUUCUCAGAUGCGCCUGUGGAACACUCUUUGUGUCACUCAACUACACUCUGCCCUCGCAAAUGGUCGCUCCGUCAACAUACAACCCCAAUAUAUUGACCAAUGUCCCCGAAUCCUAGAAAAUGCAGGGGCCACACCAGACGAUGGGAGAAUCGUCGCCGAGAUCCAACUAUACCGCAUAGCCCUCAAGCUUCAACACAGUCCACAUCGGCUCCAAUUCGCCGAGCUUGACUACGAAGAAAUCGAGCGCUGGAAAAUGGAAUGGGCACAUCUACUUGCCAGCACCGAAGACUCCUCCCUCGAACUCAACCUAUGGUUCUGCCAACUCCUCCUACACAGAACAGCAACCCGAAUCCAACUCGACAGCGACCGCCUCGUCCCAGAAAUAUGCGGCAAUGCCCGCCUCGUAAUAUCCAAAUUCCUCCAGACCAGCUUCUCCUCCGCCCCAGCUCUGAUAGACCACAUAUACUUCAUCGUCGGCUAUGCAGCACUCACCCUAUGCGACUACAAUCCCUCCGACCCCCUGAUCAACCAAGUCCGCGGAUUCAUGCUCCAUCUUGCCCCGAGCGGCGACAACCUCUCUUACAAGAUUGCCUGCAUUGUCGGCGAAGUCCAACGCCGAUACUCCGAAGCUUCGACUGUUGUUUCAGAGAAUUCGUCUCCAACGGAGGUGAAGGGGGUGCCUAUUUUCGGGACUCAUCAUUCACGAAUUGGAAUGGAUCUUUCACAGCUUAUGCCAGCUUCCCAGGCACUGGAUUCGCUGGUGGAGGGGUAUGAUUGUCUUCAGCAGUUGAUGCCUGGGUUUGCUUCGCAGCCGAUUUCGCAACCUUCUUUCGAGGCUCCGGACUUGUUUCAGCAUUCGGCGCCGGUUAUUGGUGGGGCUAUGCCUGUUGGGUUGGUGCCAAGGGCAUUGCAUGAUUGGUGA